GAGAAUACAAUGUAUGUCUAGUUAUAUAAACAUGGGUGAAUAAAAUCAAUAUCAGUAUCAGUUCUAUGGCCAUAGCUGUAUUGAUAGAAAGAUGUCGAAGUUGUUGAAAGUAAGACAAUUUAAACAUACUUUUACGCGAAAUGUAUCAGAAUAUGUAAAAACAGUGGACCAACAAGUACAUCCUGCUGCAGAAGGUACUAUUAAAUCAUUUAAGUAUGUCACCUAUUUUGUGUGUGUUCCGUUAUGGAUAAUUUCAAUGGUUAAUAGUUAUCUUAAAGAGCAAGAAGGACAUCAUGAAAAACCUCCAGAAUUUGUUCACUAUCCAUAUAUGAAAGUAAUGACUAAGGGUUUUCCAUGGGCAGAUGGUAAACAUUCACUUCUUCAUAAUCCUAAAAGAAAUUAUAUACCUGAUGUUGGCUAUGAAGAGCCUGUUGAAUAAAAUCUAUAAAUACAUAUAUAUAUAUAUACAUAUGUAUGUAGUUUGCAUUAAUGUUUAAUUUAUAUUGCUCGAGACGCAAUAAAAUAAAUAAAUAGAAUAUUUU